AUUCGCUUCACCGUCCGCCCCUUCGACUUUCACUCCGCGAGAUGGCACUUGGACGUCUGCGCCCGCAUGGGCCCGCGCGGCGGUACCGGAGAAGACCGUCACUCCGAUUCAGCCAGCAGCGCCUCCUAAUGCACCAUCGAAUGUGAUCAGAAGGCCCGAUGCGCCCAGAUUGAUAAGGCGCACUAGUGAAGAACAGAGGGUCGUUGAUCAGAUCGGCGCACAGAUAGCGCAACGCUUAGCAUCUGACCAUAACGCAUCGCUCAAACCGGACGUGGACACUCCCUUUCGUGACGCGGAAGAUGCGGUGGCUCGAUUGCUACCGUAUCACGUCUGGCAGCACCCUAAAGAGGACUUGAGCGCCUCGUCGUCGCGAAAUGCAAAAGGCAAGGGCAAAGCGAGCGAAGUGGAUUUACUUCGCCAGGAAAUAUCCGAGACCCGAACAGCGUUGCAAUGUAUGAAACGCAAGCGAGCACUCGAAGACAGGUUUCGUCGCAUCCGAACCAGGGCUGGCAAGGUGAUAUUCCCUUCAGACGCGAUGUACGUCCUCGAAGCCGGCAUGCUGGAGAGUGAACGCGCGGCGCUGCAAGCGCUCAAAAGCGAAUUCAGUCAAGCUCGCAACACCCUGAGCCAGCUUGAGAAGGAAGCGCGCGCUCGGAACGCAGCCGCCACCGCGCAGACCCAACGCCCAACUCCGACGAUCAACACACAGGUGCCAGGAAGCUUCGUCACAGGGUACCCGGGAUAUGGUCCAGCUUAUGUGUACGCAACGCCUACAUCGACCGUCAACCCCGCACAGUUGGCAGCGCCUUCGGCUUCCACCUCCACCACGACGAUGUCUACCUCGAACACUCCUGUUGCUUCCACGCCCUCUAGCGCUUACACCCCAUCUCGGCCCGCGGGGACGGUUGCACCAGGGUUCAUCCCCGUCCAGCUUCCCAUUACCUCCCUCCCCUCCCUUACCGCGAUCGGGAUUCUCCCCGUAUCUGCCGCAGCUCUUCCAGCUCCCACUUCGGGACAACCCCAGCCGGCUGCUAUCCUACGUGGUCUCACUUCUGAAGGCCGAAUGAUGAACCUCGAAAUCAACGUCGCGAUGCUACAGCCUUCGCAGACUCAUGGGCUGGCGAUGCUUUUAAACAGCAUAAUGACGAGGAACGGAGUAACGCCCAACGUGACAGGAGGACAUGCUGGUCCAACU